UCAAGCGCCUGAAAGAUGGAUUUCGCAGACGUGGAAGAAGAAAGUAUUUUGACAGCAAUAUUUAAAGAUGCAUUCCCAGAGAACUGGCAGUCUGAUCCCAACUUUGUGCAGUACUUGUCAGAACUCAGCUCCUAUGGGGUUGAAAAAUUGGCCCAGGAGCCUGAGCGUCUAUCUGAGGAAAAGACUGAGAUCUUAGAAGAGACACAGAACCUGGCCUUCCAGAACUACACGACCUUCAUACAGACUGCCGAGUGUUCGAGGGAGAUAUUCCAGGAUUUCCAGAUAAUUGAGCGUCAUGUGGGAGAUUUAUUGGAGAAGCUUCCAGUGUUUGCGGACCGUUGUAGCGAUGUGUUACAACAAGCCCAGGAAAUCACAGCAAGUCGCCGUAUGAACAGUCUUACUCUCCAGCGCCACACCCAGCUCCUGGAAAUCUUAGAACUUCCCCAAUUGAUGGACACAUGUGUCCGGAACGGUUACUAUGACGAGGCUUUGGAACUUGCUGCGCACGUGAAACGCCUUGAGAAGAAACAUGCCAACAUUCCCAUCAUUGCUUCGAUUGUGAACGAGGUUCGCCUUUCAAGUCAGCUGAUGUUGAACCAGCUGUUACAACAGUUGCGCUCCAACGUACAGCUCCCCGCAUGCCUGCGUGUGAUUGGAUAUCUAAGACGGAUGGACGUUUUCACCGAGGUGGAAUUGCGAAUCAAGUUUCUUCAGGCCCGAGACUCCUGGUUUCAACACUUAUUGGAGGCCAUACCAAAGGAAGACGCAUACACACAUAUCACCAAGACAAUAGAAGCCAGUCGCGUGAACCUGUUUGACAUCAUAACGCAAUACCGAGCUAUCUUCUCUGAUGAGGACCCUUUACUGUCAACUUCAAAAGACGAUUCUCUGAAUGAAGGGGCGCUCUUCCAUACCUGGAUAGUUCAAAAGGUAUCCCAGUUUCUGUCCACACUUGAGGCUGACCUCACCCGUGGUGUAGGGGGUAGACUCGACUCCAUACUGGGCCAGUGUAUGUACUUUGGGCUCUCAUUUUCUCGUGUCGGGGCUGAUUUCCGCUCGCUGUUAACGCCAAUCUUCCAGAGGGCAGCCCUAGACGGACUCUUGCUGGCUCUUCAACAAGCAAACAAGAGAUUUGAUGACAGCAUGAGGUCAUACAGUCUGGUAUCAAGUGGAACUGGAGUCAGUGGUCUACCUUAUAACCCUUCCUCUCAGGGAGGUCACUUGUACCCACCAACAGUACUGCUGGAGUUCCAUCCCCUUGCUGCAUAUUGCAAUGACCUACUGGCUGCACUCAACGACCUCAGAUUGUGUGCCCCUAUUGCCUUGGUAACGGAGGUCACGCAGGCUCUACAGGGGUCGUAUGAGCUGGUCAACAGGAUUAUACUGGCAUUCCACAGAGCUGAGGAGACAACAUUUGAUGCCAAAGAGCGUGCAAAGUUUGAAGGUUUUGUGUCUGCGUAUUCAACGAGCCUUCUGCCGUACAUGAACAAGUGUCUCCAAGCCCUCUAUCCGCCCACCCAGCUGGCACAGGUUCUUGGCGUUACCGUCUCUGAGAUGAAUAAAAUGGGAUGUAUUGGCCAAGUUGAUUUGAAUGAAGCUUUGAAGUCUAUCAAGCACAUCCUGCCAGAUAUAGAGCCUGAACCAGCUGUGCAGGUUGAUGAGGAACUGCCCGGAGGCAAUGUAGCAAAUAUUACGGAAAAGGCUAUAGAUACAAUUGUUCCUGGUUCUGAGAAAGAGCGAACAGAUGAACCAGAAAGUGGUAUUAAACAAGACGUUGCUGUAAUAGGCAGUGAAGAACUUAGAACCGAUGACAGCCCCGAUAUUCAAUCACUUGUUAAAGAUGAUAUCUUAGACUCUGGAGUCAGAGAAAGUCCAGAGCCUGAAACCAAAGCUGAGUUAAAUGAUAUGGCUGCUAAUGCAGUGCUAAGUGAUAUAACUUCUGAGGCAGAGAAGAAACAAACUGAACUUGAAGGCAUUGCAGACAUAGAAGAGGAAAAUAAUAAGGAAGAGAAGGAACAUGAUGAAAACAAAGUUGAGGUGGACAAAGAUGAUCCAGUUACUGAUGAUCACAAAAAAACAUCAGAUAGGCUGACUAUUCCAACAGUGAAUUUUAGCCUUCCUAGUGAUACAGAUGAAGAAGAAACAGUGGAUAUUGACAAGCUUGACACUGGUGAUAUGAAUGCUGCUGUGGAUGAGGACAUAGGCGAGAUUGAUAUCGACCGCGAUUUAUCUGCUAUGGCCGAGGAUGUUCUAAGAGCUAAGAAAGACUAAGACCAGGAAACUAAGCCUUGUGCUUGGACAAAUUGGGACUCCGAAUUUAUAAAUAAUUCAUCAGUCAAGAAUACAUUCACUUGUCGCUUUGUUUUCCAUAAUAUUUUGAAAAUGAUUCAAAAAGAUUCUUUC